AUGAAUGCUGGAGUUUUCCGUGCAUAUGAUUCCAUCAGAAGUAUUAGUGAACUUGCUGGCUUAUCCAACCCAAACCUCAUCAAAACAAUCAAUAUGAGAAAGUACAUGGCAAACAUGCUGCAGAGUUUAGAUACCACUGAAAAUGAACGACAGUGGAUCGUUGACCAUCUAGGCCACACCAUGAACAUCCACAAGCAACAUUACCGUCAGACAUCUGAUAUUUUGGAGCUAGUGGAAGUUGCAAAACUACUUCUGAUUCAAGAUUUAAACAUAGUACACAGGUUCAAGGGAAAACAGUUGAAAGACAUUCAGAUUAAUGGUAAGUACAUGUGAUA